AUGAUUUUCUUUUUCAACCAGAUCCGCUCGAUAUUUACAGCUUUGCACACGCCUGCUCAACAGAUUCAAUUGUCAAGAAGGGCCUUCUUCCAAUUUUUGGGCUACUUGGGUAGUUGCGUUGUUAUUUCAUUGGCAGCCCAAUCAAAGUACGUAAAGUAA